AUGAAAGUAUCUGUCGAAUAUCAGUUAGCUCUGAUUGGGUAUCAAAAAAUAUUUUUUCAAUAUUAUCUUAUCAAAGAAGAUUUGCCACUUCUUCACGCUGCAUAUGAUAUUAAGUAUGAACCAAUGAUUACUUUGAAUGCUAAAGAAGCAAUUAUAUCAACAUGUUCUCGAUUCGAUAGUGAUGAAUUUAUAAGUAAUCGAAAUAAAAUUUGGCUUGAAAUAUAUUUUGGUGUUAAACGUCAUUUAGGUGGUACUUGUCGCAUUCCUAAUUGUAGAAAAAAUUGUCCAAAAUGUCCAAUACAUGAACAAUGUGUGUUGCAUGAUAUCGAUGUUCCUGAUCGUGUCAUAGAACGACGCCUUCUUGAUUUAGUUCGUGAUUUAGAAAAAGAAAAAGAAGAAUAUGUGAAUCAAGAAGCUCUUGUUAAAAAACAAACUGAUACUUUAGUAUAUCAAUUUCAUAAUAAUGCAACACAAGCAAUUGCAUUUUCUGAAGCUCAAUCAAAAUUAAAACGUGAAGAAGCUAAAACUGAUACACUUAAAAGUGUUGAAUUAGCUCGAAUUAAUGGUUUAUCAUCUAUGUGCUCUAGAUUAGAUGUUAGACAAGCAAAGCAUGUUGCUUCUCUUGAAUAUUUACAAACAUUAAAAGAUUCAAAAGAUAAUAUUACAUAUUCAAUUGAUUUCAAUUAUGCUAUUACACAAAAUUCAAAAUUAACAUAA